AUGGCCUUCUUCGAGCUUCUCGGCCGCUGUGCUGUGAUACUCUUCUUGGCUGUACUGUGCGAUGUGAUUGGGCUGAUCACCCUCCUCCUGGGAAUUUUUGCUCCGCUAAGCUCAUGGGACUUCUUCAUUUACUUGGGAGCUCUGCUGCUAGCCUCCAGCCUUGUCUUCUGGGUCUUCUGGUACACACUGAACAUCGAGGUCCCGUUUAGGGAGCUAGGCUUUAACUAA